AUGAACACAGCAGCAUCAACAGCAGCAGUCGAGGCAGGAAAGCCCGCUCCUCCCAAAAACAAGCAGAAGGAGGCCAGGCAGUUCAAGAGCAGGGCUCCCAAAGCUGGACAGAAGUCAUUUGAUGAUAUUCCAGGGAUGGAAGCGCUUGGAGAUCCAGCGGUCGUCUGCCCAUGGGAGUCUUUCGGUGACAUUGAGCUGAGCGAUCUGGCCCAGUUUGGCAUCGUAUAG